CUGAGCAGCGUUUCUCUGCUUCACAUCACAGGAUUUUGCAUACGAUGACUCGAAAGUGGAGUUCAAUGUGGACGCUCCUAAUGGCGUGGUGAUGGAGGGAUACCUGUUCAAGAGGGCCAGCAACGCCUUCAAAACAUGGAACAGGCGAUGGUUUUCAAUACAGAACAGUCAACUGGUGUAUCAGAAGCGGCUAAAAGAUGCUUUGACUGUGGUGGUGGAGGACUUGAGGCUUUGUUCUGUGAAACCAUGUGAGGACAUUGAGAGGCGGUUCUGUUUUGAAGUGGUGUCACCUACAAAGAGCUGUAUGCUGCAGGCUGAAUCGGAGAAGCUCCGUCAGGCUUGGAUUCAGGCUGUUCAGGCCAGCAUUGCUUCUGCCUACAGGGAGAUUUCUGAAAACUAUUACAUAGAGCGGCUGGACAGGACGGCGUCUCCCUCCACCAGCAGUAUCGACUCUGCCAGCGAGCCGCGGGAGCGAGUGGUUCGAGGAGAGAGUAUCUUCCAGCGGGUCCAGUCUCUGCCAGGGAAUGAGAUCUGCUGUGACUGUGGUCAGAGUGACCCGCGCUGGGCCAGCAUCAACCUCGGCAUCCUGCUCUGCAUUGAGUGCUCUGGCAUACACAGGAGUUUGGGUGUCCACUGCUCUAAAGUUCGCUCUUUAACACUCGACACAUGGGAGCCAGAGCUUAUGAAGUUAAUGUGUGAGCUUGGCAACACUGUGAUCAACCAGAUUUAUGAAGGAGCAUGUGAGGAACAAGGCCUGAAGAAACCGGGCCCUAACAGCUCAAGGCAGGAGAAAGAGGCGUGGAUCAAAGCCAAAUACGUGGAGAGGAAGUUUCUGAAGAAGAUGUGCGGCUCCGAGGCGCUGCUGGAGGGAGGUCGAAAGUCACAUCACUGGAGCGUGAAGAAGUGCAGGAGACACAACAGCUCCAUCAGAGCCCCUAAAACUCGCCGGAAAUACAGACACGACGCUGCCAUCAUGUCUCCAGGAAAUCUCUCCGCCGCUGCAGCAGCUGCAAAGUUUCGGAGGGAAUCUCUAUUUUGUCCUGAUGAGCUUGAUUCACUCUUCUCUUACUUUGACACUGGAUCGGGACCUCGCAGUCUCAGCAGUGACAGUGGUCUUGGUGGCAGCACUGACGGGAGCACUGACAUACUCGUCUUCGGCUCGGUAGUGGACAGCGUCACUGAGGAAGAGUGUGAGGACUCUGAUGAAUCCAGUGGCGAGGUUGAUAUCGAGCAGGAAGCGUCAGAUCCAGAGGACGGUCGUGAGCUUGACCCGAACACACUCCUUCAUAAAGCGUCACGAGCCCGAAACAUGCCGGUCAUGGCAGAAGCGCUCGCACACGGAGCAGACGUCAACUUCGUCAGUGAAGAGGACGAAAGCAAGAGUCCAUUAAUACAAGCCGUCACAGGGGGCUCUCUGAUCGCCUGUGAGUUUCUGCUGCAGAACGGAGCAGAUGUGAAUCAAAGGGACAUUCGAGGACGAGGACCUCUCCAUCAUGCCACAUGUCUGGGUCACACAGGACAGGUGUGCUUGUUCCUGAAGCGAGGAGCCAGUCAGAUGGAGGUGGAUGAGGAUGGGCAGGACCCUCUCAGCAUCGCUGUCCAGGCAGCAAACGCAGACAUUGUCACAUUAUUGCGGUUAGCGCGGAUGAACGAGGAGAUGCGGGAAGCGGAUGGGCCUUUAGGACAGCCAGACGCCAGUAUGCCUGCGAGUCCACUGAGGGUAAAGCGCAAGAGUUUACGAGCGUCUCCUCGUUCGCUGUCGUCUUUCGGCAGUUUCCGCACAUGGCUAAUUUACACUCCUUCAAAACACUAACAGAGGAGACUCCAUCAGGACACACAGCUGCCGUGAAGACUGCCUGCACUGUUUUUUAUUAUCUGAAAGAGUAAUAUAUGAGAAUGUUGAAAUCUGAUACCUUGACUUGAUUUGUUUUUAUAUUUGAUUUGUUUUCAUAUUUGAGACUCCUCCUUGGGCUGGGAUUUUAAGCUUAAAUAUU